AUUUUAUGUAUUUGUAAGAAAUUUUCUAUUUCUACUCUAGCUUUGAUUCUUUGUCCUCUAUCCUGACUAUCCACCUCCUCAUCGUAUGAAGAAAAUAUCCAACAUGAAUAUUCUCAAACACCAACCAAAUCCUACGAGUAAUAUUCAACGCUACCCAACCUUUUUCUUCAUCAUACUACUCCUUUCUCCCCUUUACUCCUCUCAUCCACUACUUGUAAGAGCACAAAACGUCUCCGACUCGGGCCCGGAGUUGAACCCAUUUUACGCCGCCGGCAUAGGGCUCACGUCCCUUGCCGUCGUAUCAUUCCUUACAUACAUCGCCAUCUACUUGUUCUUCAAGCGUUUUGUCCAGCCAUGGGCUAUGCAAAACCCUGAUCACCGGCCCUAUUCAGGAAUUGACCCGUUCAUUCUCCGAACUUUCCCGGUCUUUUUGUAUACAGAUCACGUGUCGAGCUUUAAGCACAAUAAGGGACCGGGUGAGUGCGUCGUUUGCUUAGGGUUGUUUGAGAGGGAUGAAAUGCUGCGUUUGCUGCCCAAGUGCGGUCACGUGUUUCACGUUGGUUGCGUAGACCCCUGGCUGGUGGAUCACGUCACGUGCCCCCUCUGCCGAGCCAACUUGCUCAUUUCGGAAUCUGAUGAGUUGAUAAAAUUGGAAUCUGGCUGCGUUGAUGAGGAGGCUGGGGAUAUCAACGAGGUGGAACUCAACUCCGUGGGAGUGCAUCUUGGAAAGAUUCGGAGGUGGAAUUCAAUGGGACACGUGGCAAGAUUCGAUGGGAUUCAUGACAAAGAAAAGUCAACUCUUGUAAAGAAUGAUAUCGUGACGAGGGAGUUGAGCAGGACAAAGAGUUGCACUAUCAUUAUUAUUCAGUAACGUUCAAGUUGGGAUGAUGAUUUUAAUUUUAAUUAUAUACUUAUAUAUACAGCAUGGAUGGUAUUUCCUCGAACUUCCUUCCAAUGAAAUCUUAUUUCUAUGAAAUCUUAUUUAAGAUUGAGAGUAAUGAACUUAAUUAAUAUGUA